AUGUUUCGAUAUGCAAUUUCAGGUUUACGUGCUAUGCGGCCUUUGACAACCCAGUAUUAUAAAGUGGCCAGGAUCAUUUUCAACGAUUCUAAAAGUUAUGUUACUAAUGCAACCUUACCAAGAAAUAUCCAGUCAGGCCCAACAUUACUAAAAGGAUCCUUGUUUAACAAUAGGCAAAUACUGGAUAUUGCAAAUAAUAUUAAUUCAACGCCUGUAAGAACUGUCACUAAAUUUAGUCUUAAUAAAGGAAAACGAAAGACAGCUAAUCAAGUCGUAAAACGGUUCUUUAGACUCCACUGGGGAGCGUGGAUAAGACCUAAAGUUGGUAGACAAAAGAAAUUAUGGAAAAAAUCUUCCGCACAGAGAAGACGUUUGAGACAACAUGUCUUUUGCACAAAAACACAAAGUAGAAUGUUGGACAAAAUGGUCACUAAAUUCUGGAAAAGGCCCAAGUAUUAUGUUGAUGAUCCCUAUGCACCAUACCAUACCAGAGAGGAGUACUAUAUGACUAGAAAGAAGCCUAUUAUUAGAGAAUAA